ACAGUAUCAGAUGUAUCAGGAUCCGUCUUCUGCAAAGCCCCAUCAAGAUCUAUUUGUUGAGUCUCAGGAGAACAUCUUUAUUUCACACGUCCAGACCACCAGUGAGCCUGACUACCUGCGCUACUCCAUCUGCACCAUGUUCUGCUGUUUCCUACCUUUUGGAAUUGUGGCUGUGAUUUAUUCCAUAAAGACUCAAGAAUCCAACCGAAAUGGAAACUAUACAGCUGCUCGCGAGAACUCCAGGCUGGCCCGCAUAUUUAUUUAUUGUGCAAUUGGCGUCGGGCUCAUUUUUUGGACUCUGUACAUCAUCUUAACUGCACGCCGCUUCUAAACUUCCAACUGUUAGGCAUCCAAGUGAAGUCCGUUAGAACAUCAGGCGCUACAUGAAGCUCUUAUCACACAGCUUUACCCAAAAGCCUUAGUUGGAGCUCAUGUUGUCGGCAUCAUUCCAUUCGUAUGCACAUGAACUGACUUGAUGAUCAGCAGUGGAGCAUGAGAACUUCAAAGUCUUGCCCCUGAGCCAACUUUUAACAUUCUGAAAGUUCUCCCUAGUAGUAACCCAUCCACAUCAAGUGAUAAAUCUCAUGUGUGCUGCAACUCUGUGAUAUCAAAAGAUCUCCAGAUGAAGGUCACAGGAGAUCCAUUGGCUACCUGGAACAAUAUCACUUUAGCCACGGUUAUUAGUUUGUUUCUUACAUGUAUAUAAUUUAUAUUUCUUCUGGCAGUUCAAGAUCUAAUCUACGGGUUUUCCUCUCCAAUUUCUUUAUCCCCAAAACAGCAGUGCUGUGACAGCUCACAACCAUUCA